GGACAUUUCUUGGUCACACUUAACCCUCUAGAAUUCUUACCUCCUUCACUCUUCUCUCUUUCUACUUUUAAUUGUCAAGAUUCAUAAUCAAUUACCACCAUGGGUGAAGCUGUGGAGUUCUUUCAUUGCAAUGGAUUCUCUAAAGUAAAUGAAAUUAUUAUUGAGGAAAAUGGAAGUGAUGAUUCUUGGUUUGAAGAAGAGAUUGAUGUUGAUCUCAAAUGGUCUUUUGCCUUGAACAAAGUGCUGCACAAAGGGACUAGUGAGUACCAGGAUAUUGCUCUUUUGGACACAAAAAGAUUUGGGAAGGUGUUGGUAAUUGAUGGGAAGAUGCAGAGUGCAGAAGUUGAUGAAUUUAUAUAUCACGAAUGUUUGAUUCAUCCAUCUCUCUUAUGUCACCCCAACCCCAAAAGUGUGUUUAUUAUGGGAGGUGGCGAAGGAUCUGCAGCAAGGGAAGCACUCAGGCACAAGUCGAUAAAUAAAGUGGUCAUGUGUGAUAUCGAUCAGGAGGUCGUUGAUUUUUGCAGAAAGCAUCUUACAGCAAACCAUGAAGCUUUUCGUAACACGAAACUCGAUUUAGUGAUUAAUGAUGCCAAAGCUGAAUUGGAGAAAAGGGAGGAAAAGUUCGAUAUAAUUGUGGGAGAUUUAGCAGAUCCAGUUGAAGGAGGGCCUUGCUAUCAACUAUAUACAAAAUCUUUCUAUGAAAACAUUCUCAAGCCUAAGCUCAAUAACAAUGGAAUCUUUGUUACUCAGGCUGGACCGGCAGGGGUGUUCAGCCACAAGGAGGUAUUCUCAUCAAUAUACAACACAAUAGUACAGGUUUUCAAAUAUGUGCUGGCUUACACUGCUCAUGUACCAUCUUUUGCUGAUACAUGGGGAUGGGUUAUGGCAUCUGAUCAACCACUCUGCAUUGAGGCUGGGAAAAUAGACAAGAAGAUUGCAGAGAGAAUUGAUGGAGAAUUGCUAUACUUAAAUGGAGCCUCAUUCGUCUCGUCCACCAUCUUGAAUAAGACAGUUGCUAAGACGUUGAAGAAUGAGAGUCAUGUCUACACAGAGGAUGAUGCAAGGUUCAUCCACGGCCAAGGGGUUGCAUACCGCAGAUGAGAGUUUGCUGCUGUUAUUUGGCUUGGGGGGAGAACAUAAAACUAUGAAUAAAUUUUAUAUAUUCUAUGCUGCUUAUGCUGGUUUUAGGAUUGUAUCUAACUUAAAUCAAGUUUAUGCAAUGCUGAAAAUUCACCAGGCUUCAAUUAGUUGUACCUUCUCUUUUCUAUAAUUGAAUCCGUGGAAGAGAUUGUUUUCUUA